UUCAUGAGAUGUCUAGGGUAUACAGUAUUGUGCUUUUGAUGUUGGCGUGCGCCCCAUAUAUUCUACCACUGAAACUACCUGAUUACAUUAAACCUUGCAAGGCAGACGCCUCGUUGGACUCUUGUGCUCUGAAGCAGGGAGAUGCCGUCAUACGAAGGCUGAUACACGGAGAUCCCAGAUACCGGAUUCCCGACUUGGAACCACUGACAAUCACUAAGCUCGUGGUGAACCAGGGAAACAAUCAAGUGGGAUUGAACAUCACCCUCAGAAACUCCCGUAUCCAUGGCCUCAGUAAGGCGAAGUUCGUCUCUUCAAGAAUGAACUUAAAAACGAUGCACGCCGAGUGGGACUUCCUGGUGCCCAGACUGGAGCUUGUGGGCGGAUACAGAGCGUCAGGGCAGAUUCUGAUCUUGCCUAUAUCAGGCAACGGGCUGGGCAACAUUACUCUCCUCAACAUGAAUAUCACAUACAAGUUUGACUACAAAAUUGAGAAAAUUAAAGGACAAGAUCACCUGAAGAUUACUUCCACUAAGCUGGACUUCGACACCUCGAGGAUGUUUGUUCAUCUGGAGAACCUCUUCAAUGGUGACAGGCUUCUAGGCGAAGCUCUUCACCGGUUUCUGGACGAGAACUGGCGGGAAGUAGUAAAGGAGUUGGGUCCUGCGGUCGGUGACGCAAUCGGCUCCGUCUUCAAGCUCAUCUUCACCAACAUCGCCAGUGUCGUGCCCUAUAAGGAUCUCUUCAGCAACUGAUUACUCACCACUCGGAUAUCUCAUGACUGCGGUCGUUGACGCAAUCGGCUCCGUCUUCAAGCUCAUCUUCACCAACAUUGACUGUGUCUCGUUUUACAAGGAUCUCUUCAGCAACUAAUUACUCAUCACUCGGAUAUCUCAUGACUGCGGUCGGUUACGCAAUCGUCUCCGUCUUCAAGCUCAUCUUCACCAACAUCGCCAGUGUCGUGCCCUACAAGGAUCUCUUCAGCAACUGAUUACUCACCACUCGGAUAUCUCAUGACUGCGGUCGGUGACGCAAUCGGCUCCGUCUUCAAGCUCAUGUUCACCAACAUCGUCAGUGUCGUGCCCUAGAAGGAUCUCUUCAGCAACUGAUUACUCACUACUCGGAUAUCUCAUGGCUGUGAUUUCCCUAAUUUUAAGUGUAACUAAUAUCAUAUAAAAAGUCUACUAAUUUUGUGGAUAAUAAAAUGUUUAUUACUA